AUGCUGCUGCUACGCCGGCUGCGACAGGCUCUUCGGCGGCAGCUGCUGAUCCUGAUGGCCCGAAGACCAGCGCUCCUAUGCGGGGCCGUGCUGCUCGGUGUGCUGAUGGUCCUGGCUGUCAAGUUCACAUGCGGUCGUGCUAAGAACGUAGUGGCCCCGGCUAGGCCCCCUGUGCGUUUCUUCUCCCCAGAGGCCCCAGUGCUGGACCUGUAUCUGGGGCAGAUUGACCAGGUGGAGCGUCUGAGGAGCGUGGCUGAGGUGUCGCUUCUCUUCCUCUACGCUCCGUGGUGCGCACACUCCAUGGCAGCACGUCAGGAGCUGCAGCUCGUGGCCCACAAGCUUUCCAAACAGGUGCAGUUUGUGGCUGUGAACUGCUGGUGGAGCCAGGGCCGUUGCCGGAAGCAGAGGAGGCUGUAUCAUUACCCCAGCUUGCAGCUCUUCUACAGGAGGUUUGGUCCAAUCGAGUACAAGGGGCCCUUGGAGGCCCCAUAUGUGGAGAGCUUCAUCCUCAAGGUGCUGAGGCCCUUCACUUAUCUGCCCUCUGUGGCCGCUCUCCGAGACUUCCUGUCUCACCAUGAGCCUCGAGUGGUGGGCUUCUUCCAAUUCAACACGUCCCCCCAGCCCCCAGGGUUCCUGACCUAUGUGUGGUCUGCGCUGCAGGCCCUCCAUAGGGAUUUCAGGGGUGCAGUGCGUUUUGGUGUGGUGACCAGCAGACAAGUGGCACAGGAGCUCCCAUUGCCACAGGAAGGCGCCGUCUACUUGCACCGGAGCUUUAACACGUCCCUGGUGUUUCCUCGUGCUGAGCUCAACUUCACCUCACAUGCGAUCUGCGCUUGGGUAUAUCAGCACUACCACACUGUUGUCCAAUGGCUGCAGCCACCUGGCACCAAGUCCCGCCUCCUAGAGGUGGAGCUCCGUAAGGGACCCGCCCUGCUGCUGUUCCUGCCUCAUGACCCCCUAGAGGCAGAGCCCAGUGCCCUGCAGCUACAGGUAGAAUCCCUGGCAGUGCGCUACCACUCAUGUGCGCGCGCCCCCUGCUGCCACUCUCUGCCUGUGCCCCGCUUCAGCGCCGUGUGCGAGCUGUGUCGAGAGCCAGUGGGGGCGUCAGGCUGUCCUGUCCCUCCUGUCCCCCUCUACCCCUGUGUCUCCUGCAGCUGUGUCCUGAGCGCCUACCAUCAUCACUACACCGCUUGCUGCCACACCAUACCACUCAGAGCCCCUGCCAACCCAGGCCCCGCUUCCACAGCGGGUGACGCGGGUAUCACCGGACUGCGCUGCCUUGCCAACAGGACCCUACGCUUCUACCUCCUUGACGCCAAGCUCAACUGGCCCCUGGCACUGAGGCUGGGGGCAACGCACAACCACAACACGGCCCUUCAGCACACCGGGGCCCCUGCGUUUGCUUCCAUCGUGGACCUGAAGGACGAGCAGCACUAUGUUCUACAGCCCAGCAGCUUCACAACCCUCACACAGGACCUGGAGAGCUUCAUCAUGAACUUCAGCACCCCAUACAGCCCCCUGCGCAGGCAUUUAACAGGACAGCAGGAGAGCGGGUCCUCUGCAACCCUGAUCACCGAUGUGACCUGUGCCUCCUUCAGACGCACUGUUCUUAAUGUCCAACAGGACGUGCUGCUGCUCUACUACACUCAGUGGUGUGGCUUCUGUUCCGUGCUUCACCACAUCUUCGUUCAGCUAGCCCGACUGCUGCAGGGGAACACCACCAUCACUGUGGCCAGGGUGAACGUGGCCCUGAAUGACCUCCCCUGGGAGUUCAUGGUGGACCGAGUGCCCACCGUCCUGCUGUUCCCCAGAUACAGGAAACACCAGAGCGUCAAGUUCCCCGUGGAGCAGCCCCUGACUCUGCCCAACCUGCUGCGGUUUGUCUUGCGGUCUGUGGACUCUCUGCACUCCCCAGAGCAGGGAACCUCCAGGAGCCCCCAGAGCCCAGCCGCCUCAGCAGGCAGCAGCACAGACUGA